AUGUCACACGGAGGCAUGUCCUUCGUUGUAACAUCAUGCAGAGUGAUGUCCCUCGCUGUAAUGUCAAUCAGAGUGAUGUUCCUCGCUGUAAUAUCAAGCAGAGGGAUAUCUCUCACUAAAAUAUCACAUGAAUGGGAUGUCCCUCGAUGUAAUAUCAAGCAGAGUGAUGUCCCUGUCUGUAAUAUCAAACAGAGGGAUAUCUUUCAAUAUAAUGUCACACGGAGGCAUGUCCCUCGUUGUAACAUCAUGCAGAGUGAUGUCCCUCGCUGUAAUGUCAAUCAGAGUGAUGUUCCUCGCUGUAAUAUCAAGCAGAGGGAUAUCUCUCACUAUAAUGUCACACGGAGGGAUGUCUCCCGCUGUAAUAUCAGAGUGAUGUCCCUCGCUGUAAUAUCAAACAGAGGGAUAUCUUUCAAUAUAAUGUCACACGGAGGCAUGUCCCUCGUUGUAACAUCAUGCAGAGUGAUGUCCCUCGCUGUAAUGUCAAUCAGAGUGAUGUUCCUCGCUGUAAUAUCAAGCAGAGGGAUAUCUCUCACUAUAAUGUCACAUGGAUGGGAUGUCCCUCGAUGUAAUAUCAAGCAGAGAGAUGCCCCUUUCUGUAAUAUCAAAUAG